GCCGAAAAGUGGAAUUUUUAUGAGCAUGGUUAAAGCCUAAGUGUAAGCUAAUAUUAGAAAUGCCUUCAUCCGUACUCGCAUACAAAUGAUAUGUAACCUGGCAAUCAAUUUUAGGAAGGUACUUUAAACUUAAAGUCUAUCUUCUCAGACAAAUGCCCAUUUCAUGGAAACAAAUAUCUAACAUACCUCAACAAGUAGUUAUUAAAAUUAAUGUAAUGUUCGAUAGAGUUGUAACCGACUGAGCGGUCACCGUUAAAGUUGAUAAGGAUAACCUUGAUAACCUAUUAUUCUCCUUAUUCGAUUAAACAUAAUGAAGUACCGAACGGUCUAUUGAUAUGGCCGAUUUCAACACAGAGGCCCGAAUUGUGGCUCAUUCGGCGCGCUUGGUGUUAUGAUAAAGACGUCUCGUGACAAACUAGUAAUUCGAUUAUUUUUCUCGCGCAAUUUCAAUGCUGUUUUUAUUUGUGUAAAAAUCAGUGAAUAAGUUUAAAUUACGGUGAGUGUGUGUAGUUCAUACAUAUGUUGAUGAAUACCUAAUAGGUAUAGUGUGAUAUAGUGAUAAGCAUAGAUUGACGUUGAGUGUCUAUUUGUAGAUGCAAGAGUUACCGGGUCAGCGUGAAGGUACUAAGAAAUAUUUCCAUAAUGGAUACUUCUAUCAUUUGGAUCCACGUUCGGCUGAUAUUGGAAAUGCCUUUAUCUGUAGCUAUCGCUACCGUCAAUGGCAAUGCCUAGUGACCGCUCAGAAGAAUUAUAACGGGGACAUCAAUGUGAAAGGAGAACAUGGUCAUACUCCAACUUCUCUUCAAGAGUAUCAGCGGUUUGAGGAAUUUAAAAGUAAGCUCAAAGAACAAGCACGUAAAAGUACCGAUCCACCUAGUACUAUCGUCCAGAAACUUAAAAUCGAGUAUUCGGAUGUGGCUCACCUUAUCCUACAAAGUAGUGCAAAAAUUUACAUUAUAAGGGAAAGAAAUAAAUUUCGCCCUAAGCUGCCUGAAAGAUUGAGCGAUUUGGGAAGUUUGCUUGUAGGGUAUGAACCAGCUCAAGCAAUUUACCAAGGACAGGUGACAAUAUCUGAAACCAGCAGUGCAGUCAUCUUUGCGAGUAAUGCUAUGCUGGAACGCUUAAAUGAUUGUCUAGAGAUUUAUGUGGAUGGUACUUUUAAGUGUGUACCGAGAGCCAUAGGAGCCAAACAGCUGCUUAUUUUGCAUAUGAGGAAAAUGGACGUGGGUAUUGCUAGUGUCUUUGUACUCUGUUCGGGUCAAACCGCUGAAUUGUACACAGGCAUUUGGAAUUUCUUGCUUGGGCGGGCUCCCAGACUCAGAGAGAACUUAAAGACUGUUAUGAUGGAUUUCGAAAGAGCUCUUAUUAAGUCUGUAAAAGAAACCAUGCCAUGGGUCACGAUCAGAGGUUGCUGGUUCCAUUUUACUAAAGCAAUCUCCCUUCAUUGGCAAGACUUAGGCCUGAAAAGCGUUUCUUCUCCCCUCGUACAAGAUAUUCUAUCUCUAGCGUGGGUUCUUCCUCUGCUCCCAAAAGAAGAUUUCCCGGAAGCCAUCGAAUUCUAUAGAAAGAAAGCCAAUCAAGUUGAUCCUGAGUACCAAGACAAUGUUAAUAAAUUCAUUAACUACUUAGAAAAUCAAUGGUUACGCAUAGCCGAAGUUGUGUCUGUAUGGAGGUCACCGAAACGAACUAAUAAUAUUUGCGAGUCGUUUCAUAGAUGGCUCCCACAACGCCUAGGCGUUCACCCCAAUUUGUUUGCUUUUAUUGGAAAAUUGGCAACCAUAAUUACCGAGAUAGAGGGUAACUGGCAAGACCUUGAGCGCGAUGGGAAUGCAUUUGGAAAGAAGUGCCGUAAAAAGUCUGCUAUCGAUUCCUACAUAAAUUAUCAUCAGAUAGCGUUGUUUAAUAGAAAAAUCGAUGUUGGUGAAUUUCUUAUGAAAAUGAAGACCCAAAGUGUGAAAAAUCUUAUCACGUUCAAGCUGUACUCACCGCAUAAUGUCAAAAAUCUCAGUCCAAAAGAUAUAUGUGAUCCUGAGGAGCUGGUAAAUUUACUGGAGUAUUCGCAAAUUAUCGAAUAUACGAAUAGUGCCUCUGCGAAGUCAUCGGAAGUUACUCAAGAAAGUAACCCUGUGAUAAUGCAAGUACAAGAGAUCACACAGGAGCAGAAAAUUAUAAAAGAGCAAGAGAUGAAAGAUAAUACAAUGACUGUAUUAGAAGAAAACAUCUCCACCAUACAAAAAAAAGUACGACGAAAAAAGACAGUUUGUCUAUGUUGUACUUCUAAAGCUCCUUCUAAAGUAACCCCAAAAGAGAAGAAGAAUAAGAAGAAGUUAUGUCGCAAAUUGUUUACAGAAGACGAGCCUCGAAAUAAACUACACCCAUCCUUGAGAAAAGUUCUGGAGAAAGCUAAGAAGAAGAAAAGAUCGCGUAACCAGGAAAUUACAGAAGAUGAGUCUCGCUACAAAUUAUCUCCAUCCUUGAAAAGAGCUCUGGAGAAAGCUGAGAAGGAGAAAAGAUCGCGUAACCAGGAAGUUACAGAAGAUGAGCCUCGCUACAAAUUAUCUCCAUCAUUCAAAGCUUUUCUAAAAAAAAACAUGACCAUGACAUGUGUCUAAACGAUAGUAUUUAGUUUUAGGAUUUUACUAUAAGUUUGUUAACACCAAAGUUUUCAACGAUAGAGA